AUGUACUCUGUUCCAGAUUAUUGUCAAUUGUUGAAAAUUACAGCUGUACUUUGUUUCACAGAUUCCAGAGGCGGUGUUAAAGAAGUAUUGUUCCCAAAAGCACUAGAUUUAACCCGGCCGAAGAGGCCAAGGACAAUGUUUUCUAAGGCGCAGUUGGCGGAUUUAGAGAGAGAGUUUCAAGAGAAUCCAUAUCUGGUCGGCGAAAAAAGAUCGAAACUGGCCGCAAAGUUGGAACUUACUGAUACCCAGGUAUAUAUGAUUGCUUGCUUACGUUCCUAA